AUGAGUUUCAAAGGGUUCACAAAGGCGGUAGCAAGGGCGCCUCAAAGCUUCCGGCAAAAGUUUAACAUGGGUCAGCAGACUGAAGAUGCUGUUUAUGAGGAUGCAGAACGGCGGUUUAAGGAGUUGGAGGCUGAGACCAAGAAACUUAGCGAAGAAUCGAAGCGUUACUUCACAGCUGUGAAUGGGAUGCUACAGCAUCAGAUUGGAUUUGCAAAAGCAAUGGAAGAGAUUUUCAAGCCCAUUAGCGGUAAGAUGAGUGACCCCAACGCUGCUGUUCCCGAGGACAAUCCAGAGGGAAUUGAGGCAAGUGAGCAGUACCGUGAGCUUGUGGCGGAACUGCAAACAACUUUAAAACCCGACUUGGCGCUCAUUGAGGAAAAAAUUGUACAGCCUUCACAGGAGCUGCUUAAAAUCAUCAACUACAUCCGGAAAAUGGCUACCAAGAGAAAUCAUAAGCGUAUAGACUUGGAUAGGCAUCUCAACACCUUAAACAAGUACGAGAACAAGAAGGAACCUACUGCGAAGGACGAAGAAAGAUCAUACAAGGCACAGGCUCAAGUGGAGGUCGCGCAACAGGAGUAUGACUACUACAACGAUAUGCUGAAGAACGAGCUACCAGUUCUUUUCCAAUUGGAGGCCGAGUUCGUCAAGCCUCUAUUCGUGUCAUUCUACUACAUGCAGCUUAACAUCUUUUACAGUCUUUACAAUAGAAUGCAGGAUAUGAAGAUUCCAUACUUCAACUUGGACAGCGAUAUUCUCGAAGAGUUUAAUGCUAAGAGGGGUAACAUUGAGGAACAAACCGAUUCCUUGAACAUCACGCAUUUCAAAGUGGGAUAUAAUAAAGCAAAACUAGAGAUGACUAAGAGACGGUACGGUGCGCAAUCCCCUACCAGUCCCACAUCACCCGUCUCCGGUACGUCCUCCUUCGGACAGGCUCCUGUAUACAACUCAGCCGCGGUGGCUGGCGCGCCAGGAUACGCGCCACAAUCGCCCACUACAGCUUAUGGGCAAACGUCCCAACUACCCUCCUAUGGACAAGCGACUUCUUUUGUAGCUCCUCAAGCACAAUACCCGCCCCAAGUGACAGGAAACGAGAAAUCUCAGUACAUACCACAACCAACUGCCGCACAGGCUGCAAUUCCACAGGCCCCAAUGGCAGCUCCACAAACUGCUUCCUCGUAUGCCGUGUCCUCACCUCCAACUACUGCACCAGCUCCUGGCGUUGAAACGGUGACUGCUCUCUAUGAUUACCAAGCCCAAGCCGACGGAGACUUGACUUUCCCAGCUGGUGCCAUCAUAGAAGUAGUCGAACGUACAUCAGAUGCUAAUGGCUGGUGGACUGGCCGCUACAAUGGCUACCAAGGUGUUUUUCCAGGAAACUACGUUCAGUUGAACAAGCAAUGA